AUGUCAUCUCUUCGAGAAUUAGACCUCACGGGAAAAGUCGCUGUCAUCAGUGGAGGUUCCCGUGGUAUCGGCCGUGCCAUUGCUUUUAAUCUCGCAUCUCGAGGAUGUUCUAUUCUUGGAACAUGUACCAGUGAUGCAAGUGUUAAAUCCCUGUCGACUGGUCUCAACGACGAGAUCACAGAGCGUGUUUACAAGGCAUCGUCACGAAACCGACCAGACAGUCAAAAGAUAAGCGGAGUCAUUGCCGAUAUCUUCUCGGAUCAUUGCGCAAAGACAAUUGCGGAUGCACUCAAGGACAACUUCAAUGGCCGGGUUGACAUUUUCGUCAAUUCCGCUUGUGAUCCAAUGCCUGGUAUUAUAGGCGACAUGGGCGCUGAUGAGAUACAACGAAGCCUGAUGGGCAACAUCCAAACCCCAGUCUUGAUAGUUGAAGAGCUUGUCCGAAGAAAGUAUUUCCAGCCCAACAGCCGCAUCAUCUACAUAUCCUCUGUUCGCUCGCGUCUCCCAUGGGCUGAUCAACUCAUGUACGCAACCGGUAAAUCUGCCGGCGAAUCACUAUGCCGAACAUGGUCCCAAGCCUUUGGUGGAAAAGACGAGCGAUAUUCAUUCAUGGCCGGCACGACGGCUAAUGCUGUUACAGCUGGCUUGACGCAGACGGAUGCUGUUAUGAAUUGUGGACCAGAGGUCGUUCAGAGAUUUCAAGACGAGUUCUUUCCGUUGCAGAGCAUGCCACAAUUUGGACAGCCUGAGGAUGUGGCAGAUGUUGUAGGGAUGCUUUGUGGACAUGAUGGAAGAUGGAUCACGGGGUCUGUUAUUAGUGCCAGUGGAGGCUGUAUCAAGAUCGGAUAA